AUGUCAUGGUCGCGUCGCGAGCUACCAUCCUGUGUUCAUAUCUCGAAAACACGCACUUGCAGAGGUGAUAAUCGAACAUGGCCACAAAGAGACCUUACACGGGGGAGUGCAGGAAACGAUGUGCAAGGUACGGGAACGGUUUUGGAUCCCUCAACUACGGCGAAUGACGAAUCAGUACGGUUUAAAUGCAACAGAUGCAAGAAGAUAAGAGCCAAACCCCAACCUACUCCUACCACAUCUGCAUUACCAGAGCAUCGGACCCAAAACAAGAAUUCAUUUUCCACAACGGGCGUUGACUUUGCUUGGCCAAUGUACUAUAAGAAACAAAAGAACUCGGCCGCGAAGGCUUAUGUCGUUCUGGUUACUUGUGCGUGCACACGUGUGGUGAAUCUCAAACUACGCAGAAACCUUAGCACGGAUGAGUUGAAGAUGUCGUUGAGAGAGUUUGUCGCAAGCCGGGGUUCUCCGAAACUAAUGGUGAGCGACAACGCGAAGACAUUCGCGUCCGCCAAGAAAUGGUUAGAGACACUUCAACGAGAUGAGGAAGUCAACAAUUACGUAGCGAGGCAAUCCAUAAAAUGGAAAUUCAAUCUAUAUAUACGUGCACCCUGGUCGGGCGGGUUCUUUGAACGGUUAAUUGGUAUCAUAAAUCAGCGUUAUCGAAGGUCGUUAGAUAGAAAGAUAGAAAAACUUUAUUUACCCACGCUAACCCUAUUAACCGAAGCUGAUUUCCAUAGGGGGAGUGUCAUGCAUAAGAAAAAUUACAGUAGUUUAAGAAAAUAUUACAUAAAUAUAGUUAUUUACAAAUAUGAGGUAUAGUAACAAGAAGUACAAAUUAGCUAGAUAGUAGGAAUGGUAGAAUAAUUAUUUACAAGUAGUAGAACAAGUAGUCUUAGAAAAUAUGAGCAGCAAUUUUCUUUUGAAAGCUUGACAGGGAUUGACUUUCCCUGAUUUCAUUUGGGGUAGAGUUCCAUAGUUUAGCACCAUCAUACAUGAAACUAUUUUUCAUGCUAUUGGUGCGUGGUUGUGGUAGACAAAGACCAGAUGAAAUAUUUCGAAGAUUAUAAUCUGUUAUCUCAUUUUUAUAACGAAAGAGGUUUGUGAGAGAUUCAGGGCCUGUUUUAUUUAGAGUUUUGUACAUCAUUUUUGCUUUUCCUUUUUCCUCAUAAUAUCAAGUGGCUCCCAGCCCAAGGCACACAAAGCAAUAGAGUGAUCUACAUCAUUACUCAUGUUUGAAAUUAUUCGGCAGCUCAGUUUUGGAGCUUUUGUAGUCGUUUUGAUUGUAUUUCACCCAAUACAUCUCAAACUUCUGAACAAUAGUCGAAGUAGGGACAUACGAUGGCAUUGUAUAUGGAGGUGAGCGUAUCUCUUUCAGCAAUAAAUGGUUUGACACGACGUAGAGCUGAGAUUCCUGAUGCUAUUUUUUUGCAAAUAUUUUCAGUAUUGGGUUUCCAAGAUAAAUGCUGAUCAAUAAUUAUUUCUAGAGUUUUGGCUUUGUUUACUUGUUGGAUUUGUUUGUUUUCAAUUAGGAUAUUUGGUUGAGCAUUAGAGGCAUUCCUUAUCAUUUGUGGAGACCUAAUCAACAUAAAUUCAGUUUUAGCUACAUUCAAGCUAAGUUGAUUGGCUAUUAACCAGUUUUUGAGGUUUUUCAGAUCAGAAUUUGCUGCAGUCUCAAUAUCAGCUAUGGUGUGACUAGUGGCUGUGAUGUUUGUGUGAUCAGCGAAUAACCGAGGUCUUGUAUUUUUUAGACAUUCGGGUAAGUCGUUGAUAUACAACAAGAACAGUAAUGGCCCCAAAAUAGAACCUUGUGGUACACCACAUUUAAUCAAAUGUUCUGAUGAAAUAAAAUUGUCUAUUUGACACUUUUGGUGUCGGUUUGAAAAAUAUGAUUUUAAUAAGUCAUGGGCUUGACCUGUUAUUCCAUAAAAUUCCAGCUUUUUCAGUAAAAUGUCAUGGUUGACAGUAUCAAAUGCUUUUUUUAGGCCUAUAAAAACUACGAGGUUAAACAUUUUCUUAUCUAUAUUCACAUACCACUCGUUUGUAAAAUCUAAAAGAGCUGUUGCUGUAGAAUGAGAUUUUCGGAAACCAAAUUGAUUAUUACUGAGUAGUCUAAAUUCAGUUAAAUAAUCAUAAAGUUGAUUGUAUAAAAUUCGCUCCAUUAUUUUGCUUAUAGUUGGUAGAAUUGAAAUGGGUCUAUAAUUGCCAGGAAUAUUUCGAUGGCCAUUUUUGUAGAGAGGUAUUAAUCUUGCCACUUUCCAGUCAUCAGGAAAGGAGGAUAAAGUAAUAGCUUGAUUAAAAAUAUAUGUAAGUGAAUCUGCAAUGGCAGGUGCAGCUAUUUUAAUAAUUUUACACGAUAUUUUGUCAAUGCCAGUUGCUUUGUUGCUAGAUAAUGCACUGAGCAACUGGUAGACAUUAUUAACAUUUGUAGGUUGGAAUGCAGCAAAUUCUGAUUUAGCCUUUUUGAUAUGCGACUCAAAAUUGCAAUUUGUUGUGUGUAUUUGGCUCGCUAGAUCUGGGCCAAUGUUUGAAAAAUAACUGUUAAAGCCCUCUGCAAUAUCUUUUGGAUUGUUUAGAACAUUCUCUCCUAAUUUGAGUUCAUUUACUUUUGAAUGUUUGUUUUGUUUGCCAAGCAAAUUAUUAAUUGACUUCCAUGCUUUCCUUGGGUUACAUUUUUGAUCAGCAAGUUUUGAAGAAUAAUAAUUCUUUUUGGCAUUUCUUAGUUCAAUGUUGACUUGAUUUCUAACUUUUUGUAGUUUGACCAAUCAGUCUCUAACUUUGUGAUAAUUGCUUUUCUUUUCAGUUUGUCUCUUGUAUUUAUGAGACCCUUAAUGUUGUUCGUUAUCCAAGCCACUUUACUAGACUUAGUUUUUUUGUGUUGUAAUGGAGCAUGUUUGUUCAGAACUUCUAGAAAAAGUUCUUUCCAUAAUUCCCACAUGGUAUUUGGAUUUUUACCGAAAAAGUAAAUGUAUUCCCAAUGUUGAUUAAGAAGCUCAUCCAUAAAAUUCUUUUCAUUGAAGUUUUUCAUAUUUCUAAUUUCAACAAAAUCAUUAGUUUUAUGAAAAACUCCAAUUUUUCUGAUUGCAUAGACUAAACUGUGAUCACUUAUUCCAGUGUGUACAACACCAUAGUGUGAAAUUUUCUCAGGUGUAUUCGUAACUACAUGGUCAAUAAGGCUAGAUGACCUCAUAGUAACUCGAGUUGGUUCAUUUAUCAACUGGGAUAGUUGGUAUAAUUCGUAUAUUGAAUAUAGUUUAUUUGUUGGCAUACUGAAAAGGUUUUUUUUCCUCUAACAAAUUGCAAUUUAGGUCACCUAAAAUGUACAUUUCUUUAUUCUCAUCAUCAAUUUGUUUAAUAAGUUUUUCCAAAUGGUCAAAAAAUUCAGCAGUUGCAUUUGGCGGUCUGUAAAUUGUAGUGACAACAAAUGGUUUACUUUGUGGUUUAGUAAUUUCUAAACAAACGGCCUCCAAUUCAGGGGUAACGAGAUCUGACCUUAUUUUAUAGUUGAUGGAGCUACGAAGGUAUAUACAAACUCCGCCUCCAUUGCGGGAACGAUCUUUUCUAACAACCUCAUAACCAUCUAAAUGAAUGAGGCCAUCAGAAAUACUCAGGUCUAGUCGUGUCUCGUUGAAUGUAAUUAAAUCAAUGUUUUUGCUACACAUUGGAAAGGCUACGCUCACUUUCGCGGAACUCAAAGAUACGUUGUUAGACAUCGAAUGUGUUAUGAACAAUAGAUCACUUGUAUAUCUGGGAGAAGGACUCGAAGGGCGUACGGUAACUCCAAACAUCCUGCUUGGAAGGGAACCAGUAACAAGUCUGGAGGAAAACGUCGAAGAGUUGGAAGAAGAAGCAGACGUAACGCGGCGACUGAAGUAUUUAAAGCGUUGUCGAGAGCAGCUAUGAAGACGCUGGAUCAACGACUAUUUACGUGCACUUGAUGAGAAACAGAAAGGAACCGCAAAUCAAGGUGCAACAUUGUUGGAAACCGGGCGAGUUGUCUUGAUAAAGGAUUCACUGAAGAGAAGUGCAAAAUGGAGAAUUGGACGGAUCGAAGGAACGGUCAUAGGAAAGGAUGGAGUCGUGAGGGGCUAUAAAGUACGAACUGGGAAUGGGUAUCUUGUGGAAAGGCCAGCGGAACUGGUGGCUGAUCUAGAAAUUGGUGGUGAUAGUCCAUCGACGACAACGAUAGAAAACGUGACACACGAAAGCUGAACCCAGAUGUGAAGGAAUUCCAACCAAGAAGAUCAGAACGAAAGGCGAAGGAAACCGCUCGAUAUAGAGUAGUUGGAAUUGCGUUGAAUGAACUAGAUGAGGACUAGAAAUGUAUUAAAGCUGCAUUUCGUGACACUUUAAUGGGGGGAGAGUGUUAAAAAUUCGUUAGUUAAUAAUUAAAGGGAAAACUUUGUUGUUUUGGGAUAUCGGGGGACCUUAGGUUUCG